UUGUAAAGCAUUCAUUUCAUUCAAUUUUAUUUUCGUUUUUGUUUCGACUUCUCAUCUUGUUUGUCUUCUCUUGCUUCUAAAGUUGGAAUUAGGGUUUUUGCGGUUUUUGUUACUUAAAAUCAGUUUAUUCUGAGAUAUUCAAGUGCAUUAAAAAUAUAUUUCAGGUAGAAGACUUUAAAAAAUAUUGUCGAAAUGGCGUCAACUGGAGAAAACAUCAAUGCUAAUGAAGACGAACUCAAUUCUACGGUUUUGAAGAGAAAAUCUCCAGAACGUGAUACCGAAGAAUCUGAUAAACCUUCUAAAAUGCCUAAAUCUGAUGAACACGCUAGCGUCGUGGCUGCACACUAUAAUAAUCUAGAAGAAAAAGGCAUGAAAGAACGGUUCAACUCUCCCAUAUUUUAUCUAAGAAAUUUUAACAACUGGGUGAAAAGUGUUCUUAUUCAAGAAUAUACCGACAAGCUAAGGGAAAAAGAUUAUGGAAGAAAAUUACGGGUUCUGGAUAUUUGCUGUGGAAAAGGAGGUGACUUAAGCAAAUGGCAAAAAGCUAGGGUUGACCGAGUAGUAUUUGCUGACAUAGCUGAAGUUUCUGUGGAGCAAUGCAAGGCUCGCUAUGAGGAUUUGCAAAGACGAUGCAAUCGUGUUUAUGCUGCUGAGUUUAUAGCAGCUGACUGUAGCAAGGAGACACUCCGAGAUAAGUACAGUGAUGCAUCAAUGCAUUUUGAUGUAGUAAGCUGCCAAUUUGGUCUACAUUACAGUUUUGAAAGCUAUGGUCAGGCUCGACGCAUGCUGACAAAUGUUACAGAGUGCCUUAGACCAGAUGGUUACUUUUUUGGUACUAUUCCUGAUGCCUAUGAAGUGGUCAGCCGUGCUCAAAAGGCGCCUGAUGGUAAAUUUGGAAACAGAAUAUUUAAUAUAAGCUUAUUGUUUGACCCCAAAGAAGGGUUUCCAUUGUUUGGAGCUAAAUAUGAUUUUCAUCUAGAAGGAGUUGUAGACUGCCCAGAAUUUCUAGUUAAUUUUGAGCUCUUUGUAAAACUAGCAGCAGAGUUUGGGCUAGAAUUAGUUUAUAAAGCAAGAUUUGCAGAUUUCUACAAAGACCACUCAAAGAAUUACAAACAGUUACUAAAUCGGAUAAUGUGUUUUGAGAGUUACCCAGCCCCCCCUGGCAAGGAGCUGAUUGGGGAAGACUCUGAUUAUGAACAUGCUAAGAAAUUCUUUGAGCAAGCAGAGAAAAAGAAUGAGAAUGACCGUAUUGGUACUAUGAGUAAAUCAGAGUGGGAAGUUGCCACAAUUUACAUGGCAUUUGCAUUCAAAAAACUGAAGAACACUUGGGACUCAAAAGGCAAACCUGUAUAUGAAACAGCUAAAGAAAGUAAAUAGGGGUAAACAGUUAACAUAAUGCAAAAAAAGUAUGAAAUAUCACAUAAAUUGAACACCAACUAAAAUGAAGUAUAAACACAUAUUGUUAAUCUUUAUUUAAGCAAUAAAUAUGAAUUACUUAAAUGUUAAUUUACAAAA